AAUGAGUACUCAUAUUUCGCAUUUCGCAGAGGCACAAGGGCCUGUGCACUCCAACGACCCGUCGGGCGGAUGGUCGAUCAGGGCCAAUACCAAGAUCCGAGCGGGAGCCCUUUUUUCGUGCAACUGAAGUCCAAACUCAGAUCCCGAUCGCUCACCCGAUCUCGCCGAAAGUGUCCCUCCGAAAGCAAAAUGUCGGCCAAGAGCGCCUCGGGAGUCAGCGACACUGCUGAGCAAGAGAUCAUUGAUGCGUUGGGAUACGAAGUCGAUUCCGAGGCCAAGUCGUGGUGCGAGACCCAAGUCCAGCUGGAAGCGAGCCGCCUGAGAGAGCAAGGAAUCAAGCCCUUGAUCAUAUCGGUCAAGAACUUUGGCAUUGUUCCUCAAGAUGAGCAUAAGCACCAGAUUCUGAUCAAUCGUAUCGAGGCGUUGACAGCAUUCGACUUUGAGAAACGCGUAAAGCAGAUUCUGGUUUCCGAGGCGAUUCCCUAUCCCCACAAGGCGGAUUUCUUCUAUGUGAACGUGUUGCUUUGCACCGAGAACAUGAUGAUGCCGCUCCUGCUUCCAUAUCUCUUCAGCAGCGAUAUCACUCGCCCUGAAGGCACCGGCCCUGCCCAGACAGCCGCGCAAGCACGAGGCAAGAAGAAGGACCAGCCCAAAAAUGCAAAGAUCCGUAACGAGCUCAAAGAGUGGCUGCUCAUCAACUCCAAGGGCGAUCGCGCCCGCCUCUCCAUUCACGAGUACCACAAUGUCUAGGAGUGACCACAAUCCGGAUGAUGCUGCAUGACGCUCGCCAAAUGCGACAGUCCACAGAAAUCAUUUUUGAUCCUGAAUACAGCCGAUUCGGUGGGUUCGAGGGCGCCGCUGGCCAUCAA